AUGUUGAAGAUGUCUUUCUCGAAGGCGAAGCUGAAGAGAUUCAACGAUGUUCCAGCCGUUUCGUCUCCUUCAGCCUUCGCGGAACCGAAGGAGAAGGAGCUGCCCAAGAAAUCGAAAAAGGACGACAAAAUCAAGGUCGGGGGCAGCAUGGACGCGGAAUCGAUCAAAACGACCAAAAGCGCGCUCAGCCUGUUCCGCACCCCUUCCCUUCCUCGACGGCUGAAGUUCAAACACAUCUCGGACCUCACGCCCAAGAAGAGCUCCACGAAGGAGGAGAAGAUUAGCCGUCUGGCCGCGGAAUCGCCAGCGACGGGAGCCACCGAAAAGUCGAUCGACGGCGUGAGCAAGGUGCCCCCGAUCGUGCAGCUGUACAACAAGAUCGACGUCAAUAAGGAGGCACUUGCGAAGGCUCGGGAAGAAAAUGAGAAGCUAAAAUCGACGGUUGAGCAGCUGCGUGCGGAGUGCCAGCGAUCGGAGCUUGAACGAGCGAACCUGCUGGCAGCGAAAGACAACCAGAUCGUGCUGCUGGAGCGUGAAUUGACCAGCAUCACGAAGGCGGACGAACUGCUGCAGCACAUCACGGAAGGGUCACUGGAAAAAGUGAAGGAGUUUGAACAGGAGAUCCGCGAUCUGCACCGUAACUACGAGAGACAGCUGAGCGAGAUGCACGAUACCAAGAUGGAGCUGGAGGCACGCUACGAUAAGCUGCUGGUGGAAAACAGGAUGCUCCAGGACGACUACGAUAUGCUGGAAGAGGAAAACCACUUGUUGUACGAAGAAGUAGACACACUCCGGGAGAUUCUGGAAGCGCACGACAUGGAGCUGCAGAAGAAGUCCGACGAGAUCAAGCUGAUGGAGGACGGUUUGAACGAGCUUGUCAUCGAAGGCCGUGACUUGAAGGAGCAAGUGAAGUAUCUGAAGGCGCAAGCAGAAGAGGACAUGCUGCGUUACGUGGAGGAAGGCCGCAAUACCAUCCGGGAGAUCGACCAGGCGAAGCAGGAAAAUGCUCGCUUGUUGGCCACAUUGGCGGAACAGCAUGCCAUCGUGGCUGGUAUGCAGGAAGAGCUGAACGAGCGCCAGUUCGAGAUGGACGACAUGCGCAACGACAUCCGCAACGAGUGCAACCAGGAGCUGACGGCGAUGUGCAAAAAGCACGAACAGCAGAUCGCCACCAUGGCGGAGUUGAACGAGAUGAAGAUCAAGGAGUGCGAGUCGAUCUUCGUUCUGGAGAAGUCGAAACUCAUUAAGGAGCAUUCCGAUCGAAUGAAGCGUCUGGAGAAGGAACAUCAGCGGGAGAUCGAACGUAUCGGUGAACAGGCGGAGGAGAAGAUCCGUAUCGCAGACAUUCAGAAUGAGGAGCGUGUCAAGGCGCUAGAGCUCUCGAUCCAGAGCUCGAUCUCUUCGGCGUUGGCGAGCGAAAAGUUGCACUGGCAGAAGGAGCUGGACAAGUGCCAGAAGAUCGCGGAGACGGAAAUCAUGCAGUGCGAGUUCGAGAAGCGUGACUUGCGCACCUUGUGGGAGGCUUCAAACGAGGUGAUCAAGGAUAACGAAAUCAAGAUCGUGGAGCUCGAGCGGCGCCUGCAGAUGGAGCUGGUUCCGGGUGGGAAGUCUCGCGAUGAGCUUGAAACCGAAGUGCGAGAGAUGGCGUUGGAGUGUUCGCGCUUGAAAACGGAGAAGUAUAACUAUCAGUUAACACUAAAUAACACACGCUCGACGGUGAAUAUCUUAAUGGAGCGUCUUAAGAAGUCGGACAGCGAUGUGGAGCUGUUGAAGGCGGAGCUGGAGCAAGUUCUGCGCAACAAGUCUGAGAUGGAGACGGCGAACAACAAACUGCGCGAGGAGGUAGUCGAGUAUCAACGGGUUCUUGGAGCUCUUCGCACGUCCUCCAGCGUGUUAGAGAAGGAGAUGCGCGAGAAGAAUGAAGUGUUUGAGAAGCUAAUGAGCUCGGAGGAGGAUGCCAUCCUUACGGUGUCGCAGAUCGGGAAGCUGUUCAGCGAUCGGAUGGAGGAGAGCAUGGGACGGUACUUUGAGAUGUACGAGGAGUUGAAGAAGAAGUAUGAAGCGCGGGAAAUUUACAUCCAAGACCUCAAGGCACUGCUGGAUGAGUUCGCGAAUGGAAUCGAGCUGGCACGGAUCGAGCUCGACACGAAGGAUAAGAAAAUAUUCGAGCUUGAGAAUGAAAACAAAAACAUCAAGUUGGAAAACAUGACCUUCCGGUUUAAAUGUGAGCAGUUUGAGAAGUACGAUCAAAGCGAGAGCCGCCUUCCACAGCCAUCUCCCGAAUUGCCUAGCCAUAUAGACGCGGAGGACGACGAGCGCUUGGUACCGAAUUUUUUGAUUGAAAAUAUUAUCAACCAGUUAGAGCAAGAGGGUGGUCUUUCCGAUAAGCACACGCUCGGGUCGAUUCAAGAGAUCAUUGAGUGCAACACCGGACUCGAGCAAACACCGCAGGACUCAUCAAACGACAAACAAAUCAUAGAAAAGUUGAAGGAGACUGAAGAAAAGCUUCGUCUCGUCGAAGAGUUUGCGAAAGAGACAUCAGACAAAUACACGGAAUUGCUUGAAGAUCAGAAUAGCCGCAAAAACAUGAAACAGAACGAUAACAAUAAAGAUCAACAGCAACUCAAAGCGAAAAUUGCUAAACUGCAAGAACUGAACCAAAAACAGGAAAGCACGAUUCUGACACUGCAGCAGCAGCUAUCGUCCUUUGAUUCACCACAAAAGCUGAACAGCUCGUUGAAAUACCUUUCGGCUAGCCCCAAGACGCCUAAGAAGCUAAUCGUUUCGCCUUUCCCCGGCAAGGAAAACUGUUCUCCGGCGCAGGUUGUCGUAUUCAGCCCACGUACAAACGUGUUGCGGCCACGGAACAACUGA